GACACCAGAGAGAGAGCAUACACACUCCUUCACCCAUCUCUUUGCACCCAGGCAGGUAAACUAUCCGCAGACAACAUGGCUGAGGACAUGGAUGAGGUCACCCAAACAGGCCCCAAGGGGGUGAUCAACGACUGGAGGCGAUUCAAGCUGGAGAGCAUGGACCAAGAGGCCCUGCCCCCCCAGAAGAGGGAGCUACUGAGGCAGAUGAGCUCACCACACAAACCCAAAGAUGAGGCACGAGGAGGCCUCAACCGCAAGAUGAGCAUGCAGGAGUACGAGCUGAUCAAGGAGGACAUGGCGGACGACCAGUGCCUGAAGCGCUACCGCAAGCACUGCAUGCAGGAGAUGCACGAGCGGCUGAGCUUCGGGCCGCGCUUCGAGGGCGUGCACGACCUGGCCGACGGCGAGGCCUUCCUGGAGGUGAUCGAGAAGGAGCACCGCAACACGGUGGUGGUGGUGCACAUCUUCAAGGACGGCGUGAAGGGCUGCGAGGCGCUCAACGGCUGCCUGGAUUGCCUGGCCGGCGAGUACCCCCUGGUCAAGUUCUGCCGCAUCAGCGUGGAGGCGUCGGGGGCCGGCGAGCGCUUCUCCGACGAGGUGCUGCCCGCCCUGCUGGUCUACAAGGCGGGCGAGCUGCUGGGCAACUUCCUGGCCAUCACGCAGAGCUUCAACGAGGAGUUCUUCGCCACCGACGUGGAGGCCUUCCUUAACGAGUACGGACUGCUGCCCGAGAAGGAGAUGGCGGCCGCCGACGGCGAGGAUGCCGGGGCCGACGUGGAGUGAAGGAUGGAAGG